CCCGGCGGGUCCCCAGCGCGCCGCGGGCCGUUGGCGUGGCCGGAGCCUUUCCCUUCCCCGCCGUCCACUAUGACGAUCACCUACAGCUGCGUCGCUAACGGCCGCGCGGUCCUCGCAGAGCUGGCCCUGACCGGCGGCUCCUACAAGGAGUCAGCAGCAGCAGUGCUCCGACAGGUGCUCCUGACAGCUGAGCCCAAGUCCGUCACUCCGAUGGGCAGCUUUGUCUACCAUACUCUCUCUGUCGAUGGGAUCACUUACCUGUGCGCUACAGACAAGGUCUCGGACACUCUGACACCAUCUGCAUUUCUUAAAAACGUCAAAUGCAAUAACAAUGAAGAUGACAGCUCAAUACUCACACUGAAUACUCAAGAACAUGAUGUAAAAAGCAAAAGUGGCGAUAAAGUUUUGCAAACUGAAGAAAGACUGAAUAUCAACACUAAUCAAACAGAUGAGACUGAAGCAAUGGUACCAAUAAACUGUUACGUGUAUUUCUAGAGUUUGGGAGCCGACGGUUACGGAAGCCUUCUCUCUGGACGCGCUGGAGGUGGGAGUGCCGCCUUGCCCUCUGCAGUGCCUUCGGCUUGCCAUUGUUCCCUCUCCCACUUCUGGGACUUCUUUCUUCUCACUUCUUCGCUGUGGCCCCAACCUCUCCUUCCUCGGUUGAGAUUACACGCACAGUUCCCCUGGAACCAGCCUGUACUUGGCAGCCCAGGGAGAGUGUUACCGUGUACCACUCAGUGAUUUGGGACGAGUUACUAAUUUAAAAAAAAAGAAAAAAGCCCCUUUUCUCAUCUGUAAAAUGGACCUAAUGUUAAUGGCAGUCAUUGUAAUGUCCACUGUAGGAACGUCAAGUGUUAACUAUAAUUCAGUAGUACAGGAUAGCUUUUAUUGCAUUGACUCAAUCCAUUUUCAUAGUCAAAAAUCACCCUAAGCUUAAAAAUUCUUAGAAAUAUUUCUCAUCUUUCUCUUUCUCUACAGAUGACAUUAACUUCUACAUAUUUUCACUUGAAAUAAAGAAAUUCUACUUUAUGCAAAGCAUACCCUUGGGUAAAGUUUAAAACAACUAGAAAGCCAUGUAAUUUCUCAUAAUAAAUCACAGGCCCUGUGCUAUCUUACCCCACUUACUUUCCACCGUCAGGUGACACUUUCCAGUGACCAGAGAGCAAUGACGUCCAAUAACCACAGGAUCCAAUUUCCCUCCGUAGUUGGUAACAAAUUCACGCACUCAUUUAAGUUUUUUUUUAUUUAUUUAAUGAAUCACAUGUGAACUCAUUUUUCCAUUUAAAAAAAAAUGUAUGUUAGUGGACUGGAGACGUCAUCCAGAAAUGAAGGUGCUUGCCUUGCCCACUGCUGACUGGUUCAGUCCAAUCCCCAGCCCGAAGAGUCCCCCAGACACCACCAGGAGUGACCAUUAAGCAGGGAGCUGGAAAUGAGCUGGUUGCACCCCCACCAAAAAUAAGUAACUCAUGUAGUGAGCCGUGGGGAAGGGACAAGGAACAGGGCUCCCUGGCUAGUACUAGUCUUCACUCUGACGGCCAAGUGCCAUCCUUGCGUGCAUAUGUAGCACGCCCACUCCUCCAGCUCAGGACCCCUGCGCUCCUCACAAAGUACAUUCUUAAAAUGUAAAUGUGAUUCUUCAAAAAAGUGUAAUGUGGCGCUGGAGCGAUAGUACAGCAGGUAGGACAUUUGCCCUGCAUGCAGCCGACCCGGGUUCGAUUCCCAGCAUCCCAUAUGGUCCCCUGAGCGCUGCCAGGAGUAAUUCCUGAGUGCAUGAGCCAGGAGUAACCCCUGUGCAACAUCGCCGGGUGUUACCCAAAAAGAAAAAAAAAGUGUAAUGUACAAAAAUGUAUGAGGGGCUGGAGUGAUAGCGCAGCAGGUAGGGUGUUUGCCUUGCACGCAGCUGACCCAGGUUCAAUUCCCAGCAUCCCAUAGGGUCCCCUGAGCACCACCAGGAGUAAUUCCUGAGUGCAGAGCCAGGAGUAACCCCUGAGCAUCGCUGGGUGUGACCAAAAGAGCAAAAGCAAAAAUUAAAAUUAAAAAAAUGUAAAAGUAUUCUAGGAAUGGGUGUCUUGUCUUACAGUGACAAAUGGAAAAACUACUGUCAGGGCCAGAAAAAAAAAUGAGGGGCUGGAGUGAUAGUACAGAGGGUAGGGCGUUUGCCUUGCACUCAGACAACCGGGGUUCAAUCUCCAGCAUCCCAUAUGGUCCCCCAAGCACCACCAGUAGUUCCUAAGUGCAAAGCCAGGAGUAACCCCUGUGCAUUGCUGGGUGUGACCCAAAAAGCAAAAUAAAUAAAUAAAUGAAAAACACAGGAGCAAAGGCACUUGCUUGCACAGGGGACCCACCUGGUCCAGGCCCUGACACCAACAGGAGUGAUCCCCCAUUCCCACCGGGUAUGGCCCCCAAAAACUAGUAAGUCAACCUAAGUGUUCUAUAUAUAUUAAGUUUUGGGGCCACACCCUGUGGUACUCAGGGGAUCAGGCCUGGGUCUGCGGCAUACAAGGCAAGAGCCCUACCUGCUAUGCUAGUGCUCCAGGCCCAGUGAUCUUUUCUUUACAGAGAAGGUUUUGUUUUGUUUUUUUUGGGGGAAGGGGUUGGAGAAAUAACAGUUCAGUGACUUAUUAAAGAUCACAAAAGCAUACAGCUAAGACACUGUCUAUGGUAUGUAGCUAUGAAAUCCCUUUAUUAUUGCAUCCACUUUUAUCUGACAAUAACUUAACUGUGCACAGAAAUCAGUUGCAUUUUACUUUUUUUGCCAGACUGGUAGGAUGUUUCUGGUGGGGGAUAUAAACAGGAAUUUGAAGAUAAACUGAAAAAAGAAACCAUGUGUCUUGCUGCCCUUAUUUUUGAAGCCCUCACAAAAUUUACCUAAUAUGAAACUACAUUUAUGGCCAGGGAGCACUAGUUUUCACUAUCCUAGUAUUACCUAGCUUUCAUGUCUUAGGACACCAGAUUCAGAAACCUAAAAAUGAACGCACCUCCACACGUUCAUCUACCCUGCAUGUUUCAAAGGACCAGGGUGCCUCAGCUCCAGGCACUAAGCCCCAUGUAAUGUCUGCUUUUCUAGGUAGACUUAGAUAGUGUAAAAGGAAUACGGGGGACACACAUUCUUAGAAACUACUGGAAAUUGCCAGGAAAAAGCCCUUGUUUCCCAAGAAAUGUUCCCCUGCUAUUUGUGCUAAUUACCCCUCCUCAGAAAUACCUGAGCAGAAAUAAAGAAGGCAACCUUAGAUUUUCUCAUUCAUUUAUGCAAAUAUUACUGGGUUCUUACUCUGCACCAAAAGCAGCUUUGCACUUUAGAAUGCAUGUAUUCUAAAGUUGUAACACUGAUAACAGUAACUCAAGUUAAAAGUAACGAAUGGCUUUCUAUAGAAGGGUCAGUAAUGGUCCGUCCUACCUACACACACACACACACACACACACACACACACACACACACACACACACACACACACACACACACACACACACACACACACACACACACACACACACACACACACACACACACACACACACACUCACACUCACUCUCUCCUAACCCUACAAACCCUAAAUUAAAAUGCCAGGUUUUUUGGGGGGGAUGGUAAAAGAACAUCUACCUAAACAGUCUGCAGGGGUAGAAAAUAACUUCCAGAACAGUAAUAAUCAACACUGGCUUAUCACUGCAACUCCAUAGGUUAAGAGAGGGAUUUAGGUAUGUAGUUACGUUAGAUAUUAGUAAAUCUUGACAACAGCCUGACAUCUGUACUAUUACUUCCAUUUUGUAAGGGAAUUUAAGCACCAGCACUUGCCCAGUGUCUUGGGUGCUCAGAGGAAAGGGAUUGCUCAAGCCACCUCCUUGCAUCUGGGUCAGUUCCCUCACUGAGGCCAGAGGUCUGCAGACUAGUUCGGCCUUUAGUCCUUUUCAUUUCCUACCUCUCCAGGGUGCCUUUAAUUCACUCCCAUGUUGCCCGUCAACCUCUUUUCCAAAUCCCAAAUCAUCUUUCAACUAUUCGAUAUACCCAGUUGGAUUUUCAUAUAACCACCAGAAAUUUAAAUCCCAAUACUAGAGAAUAUAUUUUUCCUCCAUUCCCCACAAAACUAUUUCCUGUUCCCUAAAGGGGUUGUUACACUGGAUUUUAGAACCAGCUUAACCUACCAUCAACUCCCUCUGCUUAUCUCACCCUCCUAAAUUAGUCGGCAAAUUUACACGACUUUUAUUCAAAUCUAUGUUUCGUGGGCUUCACAAGUGUAUGGGAAGACCAGAAUUAUAGGAGCAAACGUCAGGAGUGCUCAGGCGAGCUGGAAACGGGGCCCACGUUUCAUUACGAUUGGCGGCUGUGUGCUGCCAACAAGCUUGGCAGGGUGGGCAUUUAGACCAGUCCUCUGGGACAGGCCCUCCACACCUCUCCAUGAUCCCAACGACGGAAAGCUUUGGUCACCAGCCGUCAGCAUGAGAAUCGCCAUCUCAAGAUUCUGCUUACGGUGGGAUGAGGUCUCCAAGUCUGUGUCUGAUCACACUAUAAUCUGAGUUCUUAUCCCAAAGCACUUAGAAUGCCCAGAUCAGAGAAAAAGUUUCAUACCUGGGAAAACUGAUUCUUAAGAGAAGUUAAUCUAUGUUAACUGACAUCACAGGGCCAAUCAAUGGUUGAGCUGGACCUCUGAACCAUUCAUCUGAAGGUGUACCUCAAUGAACGUAUUACUACAAAUGUUUAAAAUCUGCUAAAUGCUACAUUCUAAUAAAUCUGGAAAUAUUACAACUUGUCUCCUAAAUUCCUAUCAAUUCACAGAAUCAUGGCAGAGCCUAGAAUAUGCAAAACCCAGCAUCUUUUAGAAAAAUGGCAAACCACAAUCUAAGCACUAAGCAGAAAUCUAAGCACUCCCUGUUUCUUCUGUCAAAUUUAGAGACUCUUUAACGUACUAUUGAACACCAUUAUGCAUACUUACUUUCAAAAGAAUCCUAGCAUUUACAAGUUUAGUCUUUUUUUUUUUUUUGGGGGGGGAAGCACCAGGCAGUGCUCAGGGGUUACUCCUAGCUCUACCCUCAAGAGUCACUCCUGGCUGUGCUCAGGGAGGCCUUGGGGGAUGCUGGGGGCUGAACCCUGCUUGGCCACAUGCAAGGAAACCACUUUAGCCACUCUACUCUCGGGCCCGUUUUGUCAUUUUUAACAUGAUGGUAGUGGCAUUACUUUUUUCAACUAAAAUAUGACCUGUUAUUUCAAGAUACUCAUCAAAAGGAGGUCUUUAAAAAAAAAAAAAAGACAGUGCAAAAAUUGCAAGAGUGCUGUAAGAGUUUAAUUAUAAGACAAAAGCACUACAUAUAAUUUGAACAUAAGUAAUCUUUCAGAAAAGAAAAUUUAAUGCAAAUGAAAACCCCAUUCAAGCCCACUAUAAAUGCCGUAGGGUCCUAGAAGUAGGCUUCUAGAACUGGAAACGCUGGGUUCCGACAGAAUUUGCUUGGGGAAUAUGUGUUGAAAAUAUUAAAUGAUACAGAACAUCAAGUUAUUUUAAAAUCAAGUCAACCAGGUACUAGAAGACAUGCUGAUAGGUAUACAUAAAACUAAUUGAUCAGUAGCAUGCUUUAGAUAGCAAUUUACAACAAAUUUCUGAGCAUUUCCAAGUUUUUUAUUGCCUUAGCCAAUCUCUUAACUAUAACGUAAUACCGACUGUCAUCUCCUACUUUUAAAAGUCCUAUGUCACCAAAGACUGGCAAGUGUUUCACUGCCAGUGUAAUGAAACAAGCCCUAUGAAUUUUAUGGUUUCUUUCCUCAGGCAAUUUCUUUCAAGCGCGGCUUCCAGGAACAUACUCAAUGUCACACGUAGGGACUAGGAUUAACAUGCCUCUUUAAAUUUCUCCCAGUGUUUUAAGAGUCAGGAAAGUAACCUUUAAAAAUUCUAACGUGCAAACACAAUAAGGCCUGAUUAAAGGGGGUGGGGGGAUAAAAUACCAAAAGAAAAAAACCUUAAAAGUACUGACCUGCCCACAUCAAGUAACUGCGAUUUGAAAGAAUGAUGAACAAACCAAAUAACCUCUAUAUCACUGUUUAAUGAUCACCAUUUCUCCUAAUGCAAACCUAAAUGGACUUUCUCUGAAGACACAGGAAGCCCCCGACAACUAAGCCAAUGCGGACUGCUGUAAAAACAGCACCCUGUUCUCGAGGUUAUCUCAGAAAGCAUUUCACCUUUUCUAAUGUGCUUUUUCCGUCUCCUUAGAACACCCUUCUACUCCAUCCCUUCCCACCCACGAAACAUCUGUCUGCCCUCACAGGGGUUACUGGGGACAAAAACCAUGUACCAGUGAACCUACUGCUGUCUCGCCAAGUUCAAACUCCUUGGAUCCCAGACUUUACCAGGGCUGCAAUAAUGGGAAAUUGCUGAAAUUAUAAACCUUCAGUCUGAAAGUGUUGAGGAAAACAAGGGGAUAUAAAACACAAGUGUCAGUCUUUUACAUCAGUAACAGACUAGCAGUUCCUCCUACGGUGAGUUAAGAUAAUGACUAAAGAGGGGUGGAGGUACAUGCCGGCAACAGGAGUAUGUUCCACGCAGAAUAUUAAAAACAAAACCAAAACCUGAAAGCUUUGUAACUGAUUCAAUAAAAGAAUAAAAAAAAAAAAAAAAAA